CUGCGCAUGAUCCCCCAGUCUCCAAUAAUUCAAGUAUCUGGGGCAAGGUUUUACAGCAUGGGUUGACGCAGCCAUGAGGGGAGGCAGUUCCGAGCGUUUGGUGGUGAAGCCCAAGAAAAGACGGGAGAACACGCGAGCUAGACUCACAAGAUAUAUAACUGUGAUGCUCGCUGCGCUCUUGGGAGGUGGAGGAUCCGCGCUACUCUUCCUUGUUCCUCUAUACGCUGAUCCAGCUCUGAGUGCUUUGGCGGCGGAUUUUGACCCUGUGCCAGCGGAAUGUGUGACGGAGAGGAGAGAUGAUAGACUUGGCUUGGAUAAUUGUACCUGGGCGUCUUGUCGUGAAGGUUGUACCAGCGACGCGUACAAAUGCAUACAGCUGCAUGUGAAGUACAGGGCGGCGGCGGCGGAGGCGUGGCGCGCCGCCGUGCUGUACGUCAACAUCAAGGGCUGCGGCUACCCGCCCAUCGUCAACUGCGAGAACUUCACCAUGAACUAUGGAUACGUUGGAGCCAGGUAUCCAUGCUACUGGUCGCGCGCUGACACCACAGUGGUAGUUCCGAGAUGGUCCCGAGGGGAACAAGUGGCCACAGUGACCAGAACCCUGGCCAUCCCUCUGCUGGUUUCCGGCUGCGCAGGGAUAGGGCUGUGCGCGUUGCACUGCGAGUGCCGCCCGCGGCGCCGCCGGCGUCCCCCGCGCAGGCCGCCACGACUGCCCAGCCUGGGGCAAGACGACGCGGUCUACCGUCUGGCGUAGACGUCAAUUUUGACGUUUCAAUUUGACGUUGAUUGUCAGCUGUCAAAAUUCACGUCAAUAGGGAUGGUGACUAGGUCAAAUUAGUGACUUUUUAUCACAGAUGUGACGUCAUAAAUAUGUGAUAUAAUAUUUUGACGUACUUUUUAAAUUAAUCGAUAAUUAAAAAUGGUUAGCAAACUCAAAACUAACAGUGGACGUGGAUUUAACGAAUUUUGGAAUACCCUCUAUUUGAUAAUUCCUAAGAAAUAAUUUAUUGUUGACAUAGUCAUCAUCCCAAUUGUGAGGUGUCAAAAUUGCCGUCAAUGUGAGGUGUCAAAAUUGACAUCGAAGAGAUGUCGUUAGUGGUGUCGAAUUGGAUUUUGAGUGUCCAAUUUGACGUCAACUGUGGGGUGUCAAAUUUAACGUCACAAAGUGGUACCUAGUACCUAUAUUCCAGUAUGGCAUUCUUAGAUGAUUUAAGUAAGUAUGCCGCAAAAGAAAAACCAUUCCACGAUUCCACGAGUUUUUUGUUAAGUAUCUAACUAGGUACAAUUUUAAUGUCCUGCAUUAAGUAGGGUCAGGUAAAAAAAAUCUGACCUUGUACCUGCGCAGUGGGUGAUUUAUCGAUCUAUUUGGUGGUACGAAGGUCUUGCAAGCGGCAAACCUAGAUAACAUAUCCAAAAACCAAAGUUAAUUUCACCUAUUAAAAGGGUCUAGACGCAAAAUCGCGAAUUUUCUUUCGAAAAGAAAAAUUAUGAUUUUGAAAAAUUCACAGUGUGGUUUUGAGUUUAGGCCCUAAUACCUAACGCACCAAUUUACUAUGUUCCGUUUUAAAUAAAGUGUACCUAUUUUUAAUGUAAUUUUAGAAAAAAAGCAGUUGGAAUUUAUGGCGCCGAAAUGUACCUACUUCCUACUAAUAGUCUAUAGUUAUUAUAAAAGUUUACUGUGUGAAGAGAAAGUAUAUUAAAAUUCUAUAUUAAAUA